AUGAAGAAAAAACACUCACCAAACAAAACAUUGCAGGAAAACCAGGUUCCAAAAACUCAAAGAGGUAGUCUUGAAGCAAUUAAUCUUAACAGGCCGGGUCUCGAUCCAGCUAUUGUGGCUCUACGAAAGGUUUCAAACGUGGACAGACCGCCCACUCCGUACAGUGAAGGAGAAAAUGGCAGAGCAAGCGAACAAGUGCUUGGACCUGUCUUUGUGCCAAACAAAUUUAUGAAUGGUAGUCAAAGUUAUACGUCUUAUGCGAGAGCGAUGCCUUCUGCAUCGUGGCCUUCGAACCGCUCUCCUGGUAUCUCUAAACUCGAGGCGAAGCCGUCAAAUCUCUCCGAAGUUUACAGACCUUCAAAAGGUGACGUUACAUUGAGUAGCUUUCCGGUGGUCGAUAAAAGGCCUUCUGUAAAGCUCUCUAAUGAAGAAUUAAAGACAACAAGACGAGCUUCGUUCCUUCCCAAGAUCGAUGGUAAUUCGAAGACGAAUUCUGGCUCUUUUUCAAGCAUUGUUUGCGACUGUAGCCUAAAAAGAAGCCCGCAUGCACAGACAAGUUCACCCGCAAUUAAACUCCCUCCAGCGAAGACCCGCAACGGGAAUAUCACUUGUUCAAGAGAAAAGAAUUCCCCUUUAGAGAAGAAUUCACCGAAAAACAGUUCACCCGAGGAUGCUCAAGCAAUUACUGGACUUGUUCCCAAACCACCAAGUGUUUCUUGCAGCAAAGAGAAAAGCGUACGUCGUAAAACGAAGCGACGAAAAGAUGAGGAAGGACACAUUUCAUGA